AUUUAAGUUUUUUCCUUAUUAUAUGCAAGCGCCAGCUGGCAAGCCUUCCAGUUACUGUUUAUUAGCCCUGCGGUUUAUUAACCCAUCCCCACCGGUUUCUCCUGUAGAUGCCGUAACCUUAUCUCCAUAUGGGAAUUUUUAUGGUAAAUGACUCCACGAUAUUCACCGACACGUGGAAUAAAGAACCGGAUAAGGGGAGGAGUACUGGGGAGAAGCUUCUGGAAAAGACGUAAGACGGGAGGGAACUUCUUGGGCCUUCCUUUCCCUUCUCUUCUCUUCUGUCCUGUCCUCUCUUCUCCCACCCCGUGGCUGUGGGGACGCUUUCCUUUCUCCUCGUUGCCUUCCUUUUCUUUGUGCUGCUAAAUUGCUAAUCCUACCUUCUCACAACGGAAGUUUCUAGAAACACCACCACCACCUCCCAACAGAGAAACAUCUCGCCGAUUCGUCUCUCUCCCCUGGUUUACACCCCUCCCAAAUCCCAAUCUUAUUCAAGCUUCCCGAUGAAUUGAUCCCUCCUUCUCCUAAUCGAAAAUUCUCGUCGCUAGAUUUUUCUCCGCGUAGAUUUCUCAUCUCUAAUCUUAGAUCUUACGCUCUAAUACCUCUCCUUUCUUUCUAGAUUCGUUUCUGGAGAUAGGGAUAGGGACUGCUAGAGCUCAUGGCUCCACCGCCGGUGGAACAGAUCGGCGAAUCAACGACUGGCGAUGGGCAGAGAUCUCUGCCGACACCUUUUCUCACCAAAACGUACCAGCUUGUGGAUGAUCCUUCGAUAGACGACGUGAUUUCGUGGAACGAGGACGGUUCCACGUUCAUAGUCUGGAGACCGGCCGAGUUCGCCAGAGAUCUGCUUCCCAAAUAUUUCAAGCACAACAAUUUUUCAAGCUUCGUUCGACAACUUAACACAUAUGGCUUCCGAAAGAUUGUUCCUGAUCGAUGGGAAUUCGCAAACGACUGCUUCCGUAGAGGAGAAAAAAAACUUCUCUGCGACAUUCAUCGCCGGAAAAUAUCACCGGCUGCAGCUGUAUCUACUGUUACGACAGCCACGGCUCCGGCCGUUCGGACAGGGUCUCCGACAAAUUCCGGUGAUGACCAAGUGGUAUCCUCGACUUCAUCCCCAUCGGCCGUUGCCGCUACGGUGUGUAGAACGACAAGCUGCAGCAGCACGGCAGAGCUUCUCGAUGAGAACGAACGGCUUAGGAAAGAGAAUAUGCAUCUGACGCACGAAUUAACACAGAUGAAGAACCUUUGCAACAGUAUCCUUGCUUUGAUGACCAAGUAUGCGAAUAGCCAGCAAGAAAACGCUAGCUUCCUAGCGGAAAAGCCAUCGUCGCCGCUGGAUCUAUUGCCAGUGAAGCGAUUUGCGGAGGAUAACAAUGCCGAUACCGGCGUGGGCCAGAGCCGAGUGAAGACGGAGGAGGAGGAAGGCAGUCCAAGGUUGUUUGGUGUCUCUAUUGGCGUGAAACGCGCGAAAGGAAGUGAUGAGGAGCAGGAACAUCAGCAGCAAGAGGAGAAGGAGGAUCCUCCGAGAUCCGAAGUGAAAUCAGAACCGCCGGAUCAGCAGGAGCAUCCGUGGUUAAAAUGCAGCCCUCAACCUAACCAGAGGGUAUGCAAUUGAGCGAAUGUUACUGUAGGGAAUCCAGAAAAUUAGAGAGGAGUACUACCGGUACUGGAGUAGGGUACAGAUUCGAUUGCCCCGUAAGGGAGACAUAGGAGGAUGCAUGAUGCUUGGAGGCACGUGUCAGCUGAACCAAUUUCUUGGUUCCUCGGCCUCCGUUUUCUUUUCUAUUCACCUUUCUGGUAGGUAUAAGAAUCAAUGAAGAAGCUUCUUUCUGUUUCUUCAUUUAUUUAUUAGCAUUACAUUUAUGUAGAAUGGCCAUGAUAAUGAUGGCUAUGAUGAUGAUGUGAAAUUGUGAAUUAGUCCCAGAGGGGAAAAUUUGCUCCCUGUUAUAUAAUCAUCUGUAGACUUUAGCUCAUUAGUCGUCUGGGUUGGUUGGUUGGAUGACUUGGAUCCUUUGUGGUGGUAAAUAUCGGCGGUGAAAUAUAAAGCAGGAAAGAAAUAUGAAGGAACAGUAGCAAUUUAUUGA